UCCGGUUCCGAAACAAGUUGACGUGUGCCAAAGACAUAAAUAUAUAACAGCUGUUAACGCAGCGUUUUAGGGUCUCAGUAGAGCGUAAAAUGUUGGAUCUGUUUACAAUAUUCAGUAAGGGGGGUAUCGUACUUUGGUAUUUUCAAAGUACGAGUCAGAUUUUUACACCGUCUGUAAAUGCGCUUAUACGAAGCGUCGUGUUGCAGGAAAGGACAGGGAGUAAUAGCUUUGACCAUAAUACUGUCACAUUAAAAUAUAAAUUAGACAAUGAAUUUGAAUUGCUCUUCGUUGUCGCUUACCAAAAAAUUCUACAGUUGUCAUAUGUAGACAAAUUUCUAAAUGAUAUACACUUGGAAUUUCGUGACAAAUACAAGAAUGACCUGCAACAGAGAAAAUAUUUUCAGGACUUUGACUUCAGUGGCACGUACCGAGCAGUUCUUGCUGCUGCUGAGCAGUGGGGGAAGCAGCAAGCAAAACUCCCCAAACAGAUGAGAACUUUUGAGGAAUCACAAAAAUCCAAGAAGACCGUUGCCUCCAUGAUUGAGAGGAAGGGAGAGGAGAAGGAAAACAAGAAAGCAGGGAAAGCAAAGAAGAAAGGUGCUGGAAUGGUAAAUGGUGAAGGCCCUAAUAACAUAACAGCUCCAGCUCCAGUUCCACCACCAGCACCAGUCAUUCCUGUGUCGCCUUCUUCCAAAUCGAAUGACUUUUUGAAUGAGGAAAUCCUAGCCCAGAACAGAAUGCGACUGGCUCAGAAGAUGGCUCGCAGUCCCAAAGCGAUCAAGCAGAAAAGCCCAAAGCCUGAGAAAGAGAAGGCAGGCAAGAAACCGAGAGUUUGGGAACUUGGAGGGACAUCACGUGAUGUGGCAAAUCUUGAGAGGACAAGGGAUAAGCCAGAAGACAGAGAUGCUGUGGCACCACGACCCGACACUUCGAUGGUGGGUACAAUGAGUGGAGGAAUACGUGACUUGGAGGUGGAAUCCAGUGACUCGGAGGCAGAGUAUGAUGAAGAUGAUGGUAUUGGAGACAUUCAGACAACAAGACAAACUAAUGCAUCUUCCAGUGGCACGUCAAAGGCACAGAGAGUGUUUUCUAUGUUCAGAGGCCUCGUGGGCAGCAAGAGCCUGACACAAGAGGAUAUGGCACCAGUCCUGGACAAGUUGAAGGACCACUUGAUAGCAAAGAACGUCGCUGCAGACAUUGCAGGGAAGCUCUGCGAUUCUGUAGCCACCAGCCUCGAAGGAAAGGUUGUCGGAACAUUUGAUACCGUUGCCAAAACGGUCCGUGCAGCACUUACUGAUGCUCUGCUUCGCAUUCUGUCCCCGAAACGUCGUGUCGAUGUGCUGAGAGAUGCAUUGGAGGCCCGGCGCCAGGGGCGGCCUUUUGUCAUCACUUUCUGUGGUGUCAAUGGUGUGGGGAAAUCUACAAAUCUUGCAAAGAUCUGUUUUUGGCUUGUUGAGAAUGGCCUCAGAGUGCUCAUCGCAGCCUGUGACACCUUCCGUGCCGGUGCUGUCGAACAGCUCCGUACGCACACUCGUUCAUUGAAUAAUCUGCAUCCUCCCGAGAUGCAUGGUGGCAAGCAAAUGGUGCAGCUCUAUGAGAAAGGAUAUGGCAAAGAUGCAGCUGGGAUUGCAAUGGAGGCUAUUGGCUAUGCCCGGGACCAGGGACUGGAUGUGGUGCUAGUGGACACAGCAGGGCGUAUGCAAGACAAUGAGCCACUAAUGAGGGCGCUAGCCAAGCUGAUCAAGGUGAACCAACCAGACUUGGUGUUGUUUGUGGGUGAGGCGCUGGUUGGAAAUGAGGCUGUGGACCAGCUUGUCAAAUUCAACCAGGCUCUUGCAGACUACUCUUCCAUGGACAACCCCCACCUGGUCGACGGAAUAGUGCUCACCAAGUUUGAUACUAUUGAUGACAAGGUUGGUGCAGCUAUAUCCAUGACAUACAUCACUGGACAGCCGAUAGUGUUCGUGGGUACCGGUCAGACUUACACUGACCUUAAGUCACUCAAUGCAAAAGUAGUGGUGAGCGCCCUCAUGAAGUGAUUGCCGACAGCUGGGCAGCUCCUUGUCCCUCUGCAAGCCUCUGUGUGUCUAUUAUACUGUCAGUAUCUCAGAAGCAAUUUCUCUAGCUGCCAGUGUUUGAUUUGUGCCAUUCUGCCGUAUUUUACUGUCUCUGUUACCACAGGUGCUGAAUUAAAUUUUUACAGGAAAUUAUAUAAAAUUUGAAAGGUUGGUUUUUAGUGUCCCUGCCCUUUUGUUUUGAAAUUUCGUGAUAUUUUAAGUACAUACUGAAGUGGUUUUUAAAACAAAUCGUGCACUGGUGAGCUAACAGCAUUUGAGAGCUAUUAUAUAUAAUCAGUGCCUUCACGUUAUUGUAGUGAAUAGUAAGCCACUUUAUAAUUUAAUUUUGGGUGCUCUUAUGUGUCAUGAAAUGACCUCUUAAAUCUCCACUUUCAGUGACUAAGAAAUUUUGACAGGAGUCUGCGCUAUUUCUCCCUCCUCCUCGUCCUUCUCCCCUCUUAUGUGGCAAUUUGAAUGAAUUUAAAAGUGCAUAUGUAUUGAUUGAUCUAGGAAGUAUGCAAAGCACUUUGGAAAAACUUGUAUGAAAAAUAACCUGAUUAUCAAAUGAACCACAAACUGGCUGCCAUACUUAAAUCACUGCCAUUUCUUAAACCGUAAUCAGAAACUUGAUGCUUUAAAAAAUAGAUAAUUUUAAGGUCCUUAGAGAGAGAAUUUCUUUAACUUUUGUAAAUAUAUAAUUGAGUACAGUAAUCCUGCAUACAGAUUUAGGUAUUGUUUUUCUAGUCUCAUGUGAUGCUGUCAUAAGUAUCAGCCAACACAGUUAAGCACUCUAGUUCCGGUUUAUAAAGAGUUUGAAGUUAUGUAAUUAUGAUUGUGAUAAGAAAUGUUAAGAACUGUUUGAAUAUAUGUAAACCAAUAUUAUUGAUCAUACAGAUACUUAACCUUCUAAACUUAGGUUGACAGUUGUCUAUACAACAGAUUAUAAAAUGUAAUUUAAAGAAGUACUGCUUUAGUUUGCAAGCUUGGUAAAUAUCAGUUGCAGCUUUUACUCAUAUCAGUUUACACUUGCAAAGGAUCUUUAACUGCUUAGUUGAUUUACAAUUUUUAGUACCUUCUGCAGUUGCCAAAAGCACUUAAUUCAUGCAGAAACUGCAAAUUUGCUCAUUUGUAGGCCAUAACAUUGACUGUAAUUAAAGAACUUCAGAGAUUUGUAAAUAAAGAAUUACAGUGGAACAGAGCAUUUGCUUACUGUAAAGAUGGUUCUUUGGUAUCCUUUUGCUUGUGAAGCAGAUAUAAACAUUGUGUAAAACAUUAUUUAGAAUAUUUUGUGUAUCUUUUCACAGCACAUGUAAAGAAAUGGCAGUUUGUAUGUUAAAUUAUUGUACUGGUAAAUCUGCUUCCAGUUUUCCUCUCCGCUAUAUCAGUGUCAAAACAUAAUAAAGGUGUGACGUAAAUAGUCUACUUCUGGUAGUUAUAAGUAUAAAACUGACAAUAACUACAAAAUUGCUUCUGAGAAACAGUCCAUAUGUUAAAUUCUUGUGUAGGAGAGCAAUUUCAGUGCACCUGUAUUGUGUUACCUGUCAUAUCCAAUUUUAUUUUCAAACUGUGAUAUUUAUAAGUAUAUACUUUUUAAGUGUCGUAAGAUUUUAUUUGUUAGAUAGCUUCAGCAUAUGUGUAGUGCAUGUGUGUUAAUAUCAUUUUUAGUAUUCACUAUGUUGUUGCCUCCUGCAAACUUGGAACCCACUUUAUUGGUACUGUGUAAAAAAGACCCUUUGUUUGAGAUUCAUGACUAACUUCCAAUGCUGUUCGUAUCGGUUGAAGUUAAUUUUCUCUCAGCAAAUGUUGGAGGUGGUGGCUUAUUAACCUCAGUGCAAGAUGUCUUGUUACAUAGAUUCCUAUAAAAAGUUUUGUUAUUGUACAUCUGUUGUUAUCUUAUUCAUGUGAAAAUGCAUAUUUUUCAUUAAUAAAUCAAAAAUAGCAUUCUU